AUGAAUAAUAAACUUGAUGAACUUUAUGCAACGGUGCAGGUCAAUCAAGCUGACUUAGUAGCCGUGACUGAGACAUGGUUUUCGGAUAGUAACCCUGCGGAAGCCAACGAAAUGAAAGGAUACAACCUUCUUCACAAGGACCGAGCUGAUAAACGUGGUGGAGGUGUAGCUCUGUAUGCUAGAAAUGAUCUCCAUGCAACACCUUUUGGAGCAGAGCUUACACCCAAACACCUUGAAAUCCUCUGGGCUAAAGCAAGUCUUCGCAGUUACGUCCGGAACUCUGUAAACCUCUUCACUUGUGUUGUUUAUGCACCAUCUAACACACCUAUGAAGGAAGAGAUCAUCGACCAUGUCAUAUAUAUGAGCGACCAUAUUCGUAACUCUUUCUCUGAUGCUGCGAUUGUGAUCCUUGGUGAUUUCAAUGAUCUAGAUACAACCCCGUUUGUGCGACAUCUCAAUGUCGAUCAACUUGUCAAGCAGCCUACUAGACAAAACCGGAUACUUGAUAUGAUCUUCACUGACAGGGGAGAUUUUUACAAGGAACCUCGGAUAACGGCCCCCAUCGGACGUUCAGAUCACUCUACAGUGUUGUUGUUUCCAGAGAUUUCCCGUCCUACACUUACGACCAGAUUUAGCUAUCGUCCCAUGCGCGACUCUGGCAUCAGAUCCUUUGGUCGUUGGAUCACUUCUUAUGACUUCAGCUACCUGAAUGAUAUGGAGUCACCUGACGAUAUGGUCCGAUCUCUUCAGAAUGUUCUAGAUCAGGCAUAUCGUCAACAUUUCCCUCUUGUUGUUCGUAAGCGUUCAGCGAACGACAAACAAUGGAUCAAUGACAAGAUAAAAACUGACAUCCAGAAGAGACAACGAGCCUUGGAAAGGGGUGACUUGGCUUCUUUUAGGAGUAUCCGCAACCAAAUUCAGCGCGCAAUUGUGAAACUGAAGUCUACGUUCUAUCGCUCAAAGAUCGCAGGCAGCGAUGAAGAACUCAAAUCCUGGCUCCUGGCACCGUCAAAUACGCUCUCUUGCUGGUUUGAGUAA